UGUCCCUGCUAUUUGAAGCCGGAGUGCCUCGCACUUUCACAUACACAGACCGCUCGCAGCGUUGCAUCUGUCUGCCGCGGCGUGUGUGCCUGCAUUAACGCGCGUGUGCACCACAGAAAGAGAGAGCGAGAGAGAGAGAGUGGCGAGCCAACCAGGAGCUAAAGGGAGAAGGGAAAAGCGAGCGAUCGAGAGAAAAAGGGGGAAAGAGAAACGCCGAGUGCAUGAGAGCAAGACAAAGCAAUGAAAUUCAUCGGAGCCGUUUACCUCCUGUUCCUCCUCCCUGCUUUAAGCUUCAACAGCAGCUAUGAGGGGCUGGAAAAGAAGCUGAAGGAGGUUUUCACCGAGAGGACAGGAAUUUUACGACAUCUCUCCAAAACAUCAAAGGAACUGGACAGCAUAAAGGGAAACCUGCAGUCACUGAAGAAUGAGGAUGCUGUGCCCAAGAAGGAUGUGCAGAGGAUCCUGGAGCUCAGUCACAAGCAAAGGGAUGAGAUGAAGUCACUCCAGGCAGCUCUGCAGAAACAACUGGAUGAUGCAGCUGAGCGUGCAGAGAAACAGCAGGCCACUAUAAAGUUCUUAAAGAUGGAGAUGGAAAAGAAAACCAAAAUCAUCAAAGACCUUCAGCAAGAGAAUAAAAGCCUUAAGAACAAACUUCUGUCCGGGAACAAGCUCUGUGACAUUCAUGCAGAAGAGUCCAAAAAAAUCCAAGCCCAACUGAAAGAGCUGAGGUAUGGCAAAAAGGAUUUAAUUUUUAAGGGUCAACAGCUGAUGGACUUGGAGAACAAACUCAAAGUAGCCAAAGAUGAACUGGAGAAGGCAGCGCUGGAUAAGGAGUCACAGCUAAAAGCCCUGAAGGACACAGUGCAUAUCUGCUUCUCGUCUGUUCUACACAGCCAGACAGCAAGUUUACACAGAUUUCCAGCCACACCAACCAACCUGUUGAGGUAUUCAGCCCUGGUCAACAACUCCAGAGUCACCUUUCAGCAGCCCCACAUGAAGGACAUCCCAAAAGUUUCCCGGAUCACAACAACAAGUAAAUUGCCUGUGAGCAGUGCGGUAAUGAGGAGAGAGAGCACGGGGCCCAAAGACUGCCAGAUGGUGAAGGUGGGAUCAGACUGUUCCCACAAUCAGACUGAGAGCUCAUCUGAGAUGAAAAAGACAUUUGGACACAGUCAGUCGAAGACCCCAGAGCAGAACGGACAAGGCCAGGCAAGGACAGCAGAGGAAAGUGUGAAAACAGAUGGGGAGCUAAAAAAGACACAAUCGGACAAACACAACUGAAGGGACAGUGGAAGACUUGGCAGAUUUUCUGCAUGGUAAAAAAAUGAUGUCAGAUCUGUUUAAGCCCCUCUUCGUUCACGGAGCUCAUAAGCACACACACACACACAGAGAUACAUAUGCACACAAACACGCACACACACACAGUAGCCAAACACAAUCCACAUACACUAAAUACUCAUUCUAACACUGCUAAUGUAGAAAAGAAAUUCCCAAAAUUCGAUUUUGAACUUUCUUAAUAAAAAAUAAAAAUCCAACUGCAUAGUAUGGCAUGCAUUAUAGAGUUUUAGAUAUUGAUUUUACAAGGUUACGAUGGUACUGGUUGUUUUUAAUAACUGUUACUUUUUUUCACUAUCUAUUUUAAUUAGAUUUUUUUUUCUCUCCCAGAGUGAGGACACACAACGUUCUUUGGUUUGUGUUGUUUGUAAUUAAAACCUUUUUCUGGCACCGCAGACCAGAAUUCAGUGUUAAAGGUCACGCUGGGGGUCAUUUGAGUUCUGUAAAUUUACACUUGAGGUCAGAUUUUAACUUUUGUCAAAGCAGCUUCUGAAAAUAUAUUGAGCCAUGUACUGAAUGCAAAUUUGGGCUGCACGAUUUUGGGGGGAAAACUGAACUGUGAUUUUUUUCCUAACACAAACUGACAUUUAAAAUGUAUAUAUGUUGUAUAUAUUUCAUUUUUUUAUUUUAUGUUGAGCCACACACCUCAUAUUGUGGCCUUGAAUUAACAUCUGUUCCCAUGACUUACUAAUAUUUCAGUGCUUUUAAUAAUUCAUUCCCUUGUUUUAACUAAACAGUGAGCACAAUGUAAUACUGUGUUGCCUCGUAUUUCUAAAUUGUGGCCAUGUUGUAAAAAUGAGUUGCAUUGUUGUAGUUAAUACAAUAUGAGUGAACAAAUUAUUCAAUUGUGUGGAUGAUUAAAAUGAGGGAAUAAGUUAUGUUUUUAUAAUCUAUUCACUUAUUUUUGCACUGGUCAUGUGCAAACAUUAAGCUUCUAUUAUGGUGGGAAAACUGCAAGAGCACUUAAUCUUCUCUUGUUGAGUGCAGCUGGUUUAAAGCACUUCUCAUUACAAACUUGGAGCAUGCUGUGUUGUCAAAUGCAAGCCAAACUUUGAGCACAUGUUGAUAUGCGUAAUCCUGUUAUAAAGAAUUUACUAUGAAGGAAGCCUCUUUGAGGCACUGAAUACACUGGAUUAAGAGCUGUACAGGUAUAACUGAACACAGUACCAUGUUUCAUUGAAUAUUUUUAUUCAACCUAAUCACAGUUCGUGAUUUGAUAUUCAAACGAAGCCAUGUCACAGUUUGUGUUUUAUUCCGAUUAAUCGUGCAGCCCUAAUGGAAACUGAAACAAUCCCACUUCUGCUGAAAUGACAAAAAGAACUGUUUAAUACUGUUCAAGGUACGGUUUGUCUCGUGUUGUAGCAAAGAUUAAUUUACUCCUCCUACUCCAUAUUACGAGGCUCAAGUUGGCUGGCCAACUAUCACUGUUGAAUAUUUCGGAGCUUUUGGUGCCAGAAUUAAAGAGAAAAACUGGACUCACAGUGAGUCGUCUCCCUAAGAAUGAUGUGCCAUGCACCGAGUACUUAAUCUACUGCUACAUCUCUCUGUUUCUCUACCUUCUUGUGUCCUUUACAAUAAACCGUGAUUUUCGCUAAA